AUGACCAAGGAGGUCCUACGAAUGCUCGGAGUUUUCAAACGACUAGUGCUAAGAACGAUUUUCGACGGCGUACUGGAGAACAGAGUAUGGAGGCGGUGGAUGAACCAUGGUUCGCGCAGCUCUAUGCAUACAAUAAUGCCGGACAAUUACCAUGCAAAGAUAGUGUUCGCUUUAAAUCCAGCAGACGAUCAGGGGCGCGCCGAAGUUCCACAUAACCAAGAGCAAUUGUCGACACUUUCUGACGAUUAUAUUUUUAUCCAUUUCUUGCUCAUUUUUACAGGCCAAGCAGGUGUCAACCAACUCGGCGGCGUGUUCGUUAAUGGAAGGCCCCUACCGGAUAUAGUCCGACGGCGAAUAGUGGAACUGGCGCUGAUGGGUGUACGACCUUGCGACAUAUCGCGCCAGCUUCUCGUAUCCCAUGGUUGCGUAUCGAAAAUUCUAACUCGGUUCUACGAAACUGGUUCGAUACGACCCGGUUCGAUCGGGGGCAGCAAAACUAAGCAAGUGGCCACUCCGACGGUGGUCAAGAAAAUACUUCGCUUCAAGCAGGAAAAUCCGGGUAUGUUCGCGUGGGAAAUUCGCGACCAGCUGCUAGCGCAGCGAAUAUGUGAUCCCAACACGAUACCGUCAGUCAGCUCGGUCAACCGGAUACUGCGGAAUGGGGGCCUCUGGACGGACGAUAUGACGUCGAAUGAACAAAUGAUGCGCGAAUCGUCUCAUUCAUCAUCGUACAUGGCAUCCAAAGCAAUGUCUCACCCGCUGUAUAGUCAAACCCUGGAACAACACCAUGCCCUUUUGAACCAGUACCGCUACAGUAUGGCAUCUGCUGUUUCUCCCGGCACCAAACCAAUUCAUCCGCAUCCUUACAAUGCGAAUCAAGUGCCGGGAAAUCCUCCGGUUCAAAGAACCGCAGCCGUAAACAUCAUACAGCACGAGGGCAUUACACCGACCAAAGUGGAUCCCACCAAGCAUCAACAGGCUGCGGUGCGAGUUGCCUCUCCUCCCAAGAGUGAUCCGAAGAGUGAACCCUGUUCUUCUGGUGGUUCUGCGACAAAUCUGUCACCUCAGAUGUCGUACCUACCGAAGCACUGGAUUUGGAAUACCAGUCUUUUCUAUGCUGCCAACCGAAAUGUAGCAGCUGGUACCGAUCCGGCCGGUACUUUCCCUCAUGGUUAUUUCACCUACGGAAAUCCUUUCGCCACUUCGACGGGAUUUACCAUCCAGCGGGACGCUUACCGAAAUGACGGAACCAGCUCUAACACUAGUUCGUCACCGGUACAAAUUACCGACGUCAAUUCGGAUGAUUCUUCGGAUAACCAUGACGAUCUCAGGAACAGCAUAUCCAAAAAGCGCAACCCAUACUCGAUCGAGGAACUGCUCAAAAAACCCGAAAAACGUCAAAAGCUAGAUUCGGUGACCAUCACUUGCGUGACACAGCGUAGCCGUGACGGCUACCGGUCCCCUUCUCCGUCGCCCUCGAAAUCAGUUUCACCUCCAGUGUCCCAUUUUUCGGUUCCGGUUGACGAAAGCAUUAGUCUGGUCAAAUCCAAACCAGAACAUCUUAGUGAAAAUAUUGAAAUUUGUGAUUAA